AUGAAGGACCGCGAGCUGCCGUCAUCCUCCCUCACCCUCCUCCACUACACCGGGACGGCAGUGCCUACCCUCCAGACCGGCCCUCACCUCCUCGCCAGCAUGCAGCUCCAGAAACUCAACUCCCACUACCAGAGUCUGGCUGGAGGUAUAAGUGGCGGCGUAGCCUCUGGGCCCACGUCAGGACCUCAGAGGGGGUUUGGGGCCUCAACGCUGGGCUCGGCGGGGCAGCUGGUGGGGGGUACCCCUGGAGGUGUUGGAGGUAGGAAUCAGGGCUGUGGGGGGAUUAUUGACUCUGACCCGGUGGACGAGGAGGUUCUGAUGUCGUUGGUCGUAGAGCUGGGGUUGGACCAGGCUAACGAGCUACCUGAACUCUGGCUAGGACAGAACGAGUUUGACUUCAUAGCGGAUGUACCUGCCGGAUGCUGA